UCCAAAUUUUAAUCGAGUAAAACGGCUCUGUGUUGUAGGGAGGUUUGUUUGUGUAUUACGUGUUGAUGUUGUUGUUAUGAUUUCCUUGCCUAUUGCAGGCGGCAGGAUGUAAAUAUUUUUAGUUAGUAAAAGUGCAAUGUGAUUGUAACAACGGUGUAAUGAAUUGUUACAUGAAAUUUUCACCAAGGGAUACAAAGACUGCCAAGAAUGAUCUUUUCAGUAACAGUGUAAACAGGAUAUGGCAUAUUCGCAGUGUGUGCGAGUAUCAUUCGACAUUGGCCAUGAGGCAUCCAUUCGUGCAAAACGCACACCAGAAGGCUUCACUCAUGAUUGGAAAGUGUUUGUGCGAGGUACAGAUAAUGCUGAGAUACAGCAUUUUGUGGAAAAAGUAGUGUUCCAUUUGCAUGAAACGUUUCCUAAACCUAUCCGUGUCGUGAAAGAACCACCAUUCACUGUCAAGGAAUCUGGCUAUGCAGGCUUUACACUGCCAAUUGAGAUUUAUUUCAAGACCACUGAAGAGCCAAAAAAAUUCCGGUAUGAAUAUGAUCUGCACCUUCAACCAGCAGGUCCUCCCAUCCACAAGGUCUUGACACACCCAUUCACAUUUCCAAACCCUGGUGAAGAACUACGAAGGAGGCUUAUAAAGGGUGGUGGUGUAGGUGUAGGGACGGAGCCUGGAUCCCAAUUAGAAAAACUUCCUGCCUGUGGAGGGGACGAACAGUCCUCUGCAGCCCCUUCAUUAGGCAGCAAAUCCAAGCUUGGAUGGGAUGCAACAAAGAAGCACAAGGUUAAAGAUCUGCGUCCCCCUGAGAAGUUUUCCAAUAUUUUUGGAGAUCCUAUUAAACCAAGUUCCAGUAAAGUUUCUCCAGAUGGGACCAAAAAAUCAUCAUCUAGUGCUCCAUCACCCAAAAUAUCACCAAGUUCCAAAACUGUUCCGGGUUCAACGGGUGGAAAACAACUACCACAUCAUUCAAAAUCUGGAAAACAUUCAUCGGAAAGUCGAGGCAGUAAGGAAAAGGAUAAGGAUAAGGACAAGGAAAAGAAAGAAGGAAAAGAUCGGAAAGAUGGUAGCAAAUCCCAUCACACGUCACCAAAAGUUCCUCCACCUUCAUCACCAUCUUCAAAAUCCUCAUCCCACCCUGCUCAAGUUCCUGGUUCUCAAAAGCAGCCCUCUUCCUCAUCAUCAAGUACACCACCAAAAAUACCUGGUGCAGCACCUGCAGCAACAAAAUCAUCCUCUUCAUCUCAUAAGAGUUUAAAAGAUGACACAACUCUAAAAAAGCCGUCAUCUUUAGCAGUAGAAGAAACAAAAUCAAAAUCAGAUGCCAAAUCAGCAACAGAAAGUAACAAAUCAGAAAAGAAAAAGAAGGACAAGAAAAAUCGUGAUGAAAAACCAAAGAAGGAGAAACAUUCCAAUAAACAUGAGUCUGCCAGUAAGGGAAGUAGUGAGAAGCCAUCAACUGAUAAGGUGCAGAAAGAACACAAGGAUAAAGAGGCCACAGAUACAAAGAAGAAGGACAAAGAACAUAUUCCUACCAAAGACCCUGUUAGUAAACCAUCAGGAGAAAAGGAGAAGGAAAGAGAAAAGUCAAAGCACAGUGAAAGUAAUGAUAAGGAGAAAAGGCACAAGCACAAGAAAAAAGAUAAGAGCACAAAAGACAGAGACAGAGAAAAACAAAAAGAGAUAAAAAGUAAAGUAAAAGAACGUGAAAAGACUGAAGUAGUGACACAGAAUCUGCCAGAAACAGCUGUUGAUGUUAUAAAACAGGAUUCUAGCAGUCCCAAACAAGAUUCCAGCAGUCCUUCACCAGAGAACACAUCAUCUAAGACGUGGAACAACAACUACAGUGGAGAAGCUGAGGUCCAGAAUCACACUGCAUCGUCCCAGCCAGCUCCAUCAAAGCGCCCAUUGAAUGCAUUGAUACAAGAAAUGGAGGGCAAUGACUCCUUAUCUGAUCUGUCUGAGGUAGAAGAUGUCUUACCACCACCUCGGCAAGUUGUAGCUGCACCACCACCACCACCUCCUCCACCGCCACUUCCACCACCUCCUCCACAUCAGAGCUCACCAUCCUCGGGUUCACCAAAACAGAGUUCUCCUGCAGUAACUGACCCUGCUAUUACAGCAAAAUCAGGUUCAAACCGUGCCACAAAGGAGAAGGGUGAGCGCUCUGCUGCAAAAAAAGCAAAAGAUAAACAACCAAAAGAGGGCAAAGAACGUAAGCGCAAAAGGCAUAGUAGCACAAGUGCUUCAACUGCAGAAGAGACUUCACAACCUCCACCUCCGAAAUUACCAAGACAGGAUUCGCCAGAACCUGAGCCUUGUGUAACACCUGAAGACAAAAUAGUGUCUCCAGAAACACAGUCUAGUGAACGUGUUCUUACAGCGGAGUAUGUCUCUCAACUGCGUGACCUCCAACGAAAGAUAAUGACCCUUGAAGACAAUGCUGAGCUUCAGAAAGUUGUGCAGGUUAUUGCAGAAACAGGCCAGUAUGAGAUAACAAAGAAGACUUUUGAUUUUGAUCUCUGUACAUUGGACCGAAGCACAGUUCGCAAGCUGCAGGAAUUCUUUGCCCCCUCCUGACAGCAGCCAUUCAUGGAUGAAGGAGUCUAGUACCUGGAAACACAUCAUCAGUCAACUAUGGCUGCAUGUAGUUUCACUAUAACAUGGGCAUCUGUAACACGUACUUAGUAUGUGACUGUGGUGAUUAUACAGUGAUGCCAAAUAGAAUAGAAAAGAGCUGAAUAAAAGUGUGUAACUAAGGAUGGUUGUUCCUGUAGCUGAUAUUUAUCAGCUUUAGUACUGUGUGGAUGCCUUUAUGUGAGUUUCACAGGAGUUUUGAUGUAAUUCUCUGCUCCCUGAAGUAUUUUUUUGAGUGGUAGCAGUACUGCAAAGCAGUAAUUAUUGCGUGUGUUCCGAUGAAAUUAGAGAGUAUUUUACCACUCUCUAUAAGUUAGGGUUCUGUGGAGCAUAUGAAAACAGUGCAUCAGUCACUGUUAUGUGUAACGGUAUUCAGUAUGUACUGCAUCAACAGCACUAUUGAACUGUGGUAUCUUUAAUCACUGUGAUUGCAGCAAUCAAAUGCAUGUAGUACCAUAUUGCUGUAACUGUUUUUUUAAUAGUGCAUUCCCCAUUUCAUCACACUUUUAGCUUUUAUACGAAAAAUUUGAUGACAAGAGUGGCAGUACCUGCUAAGGAAGACACCAAGUUGAGGGCAUACAUUGAAAGUUACAGUAUAUAUAUCUUGAUGAAGAUUGCUUUUUUUCUCACCAGACAGCAGAAGUAACAGUGAAUUGUUAUCAGACUCCUGACAGAGGCAGUUAAGAUGCUUCACUCUGUCUGGUGAGAGUGAGUAGUUCGUAAAAAAAUGCAGCAGCAUUUGUGUAACAGCAUUUUAUUCUUCUGUAUGUAAUACAGUGUCAUUAUGGAGUGCCACCUGUUAAAAAAGCAAUCUCACAUUACUUUACAUGAAUGACAUGAGGAACUUGAUUAAUAAUUGUGAUUAGACUGCUUUUUAUCUUGUUUUUGUUUUCUAUUUUGUAUCAUACACUGUUGUGUUUCAGUUUAUGAUAGCGUAACUUUUUAUGUGUAAUUUGUUGUGUGUUGUCUCUUUCUGUAAAAAAGAUAGUGGUUGAAAAUGUUAUUGUUGCAGUUGCAAUUUAUUGUUUAAAAUUUGUUACUAUGAUUUAACAAGUUUAGUUAUGUCACCUUAUAAUAAUGAUCUCACAUGUUCAUUUAGCAUGCAUCACAAUUUUACUGUGUUCACUGGAUGUGAGGUGUCCAUUUGUAACUGAUUCAGAUAUGUACUUAAUAGAAAUUUCAUUUAAAAACAUCAAUUUCUCAGGAACCCUGUUUAGUAUUUACAUAUUGUUGUUAUACAACAAAUUUCAUUGAAUUUUUACAAAAAUACACCUACAGUUUACUGCAGCCACCCUUACUUUCAUUCCCUUCUUCUUCUUCUUCUUCUUCUUCUUCUUGUGGGAGCAGUGCACCUCUGAAAGGAAGUUGCCCAAUGUCAACCUGUUCUCUUAUAUUUCACAAGAUUUUUUAUUCAAAACUCCCAAAGAUUAUUGUGAUGUCAAAUGUUUACUGAGUUUUAAAAUCCUUUGGUUUUUUUCCAUGCUCCAGUAUUCAAACAUUUUGAAAUAAUACUUGUACAUUAUACAAUGAAGAUAAAUUCCAAGCUAAUGUUUGUCAUGAAAUGUGACAUUUUGUUCCCGGAUAUGUUUCAUCAUUGUUAAUUGUACUGUGUAGUAAAUACACCUGUGAUAAGUUUUCAUUAAAGUGUCCUUGAGUACUGUAAAGCCUACUGGUGAUAUGAUAGGCCUAAUAAUUGUUAAGAAAAUUGGAUUAUUUGUUGUAACUGUUUAAAAUCAGUAAGUGAAAGGAGCAUUUUUGAUAGUUACAAAAAAGAAAAGAGUAUUUCAUCUGUGUCCAAAAUAUUACAGUGUUAAUUUCAUUGAUUACUGGGCUGUAAACACAGUUUCUUCAUUGAGUCCAGUCAUAACAUGGAACAUUUAUUUGAGCUGUAGUUUGUACACAUAAAAUGAUUCAACAGUUGUGAACAAACAAAUAUGUGUGUCAGAAUUUAAAAUUGAUGUUUCAGACUAUAAAAAAUUUAAUAUGUGAAAAAUGGAAGCAGUUAUUACUUACAGAACAGUUUUCCCUUAAAGCAGAAUUUAUAAUCUUCCACCCUUAUUACAUUUAACAUUUCUUAAAACCUAUUGCUUUUUCAUGCUGAAUACUAACUUUUUGUGUCAUUUUUCCACCCUUUUUUUCUCUAAUGUGAGUGUAAUUGCCCCUCAUUCUGAUUAUAAAUUUAGUAUAAAGGAAGGAAACCAUGCUCCAAAGACAUCAGGAAGAGUUUAGUUGUGAAUGGAAUGUAAAUCACUAAGGAAAUCGUAAAGGUAUACAAAUUUACAUGAGAGAUCAGUUCGUUAAUUGAAUUAAAAAAUGUGUAAUGCAAUGUAGGAUAGUCAUUUGAUAUCCUGCGAUUUGAGAAAAAUAAGCAUACAGAACUGCUUGACUGAUGGGGUUACUUGCAGUAAACAGGACAUGCUGACAAAAACUGGCAAUUGAUAGAAAGUUUAAGUAUUUAUGUUGUGUGUGCUUUUUGUUUAAUCUGUUCUGUUUAUUCCUGCAGAAAAACAGACAUUGAAUAAAUGAUUAAAGUUGUUUCAGCCUUGGCCUUUUAUUGAGUGCCUUUGGCACUAAUUUGAUUGUCUGUAAUUUCUUAAAUUACAGAGUUUUUUUGUUUACUUGGUAUGUGAUGCAUCUUACACUACUUCAGUGGGUGUCGUUAACAUAUAAUAAACAUCCACUGUGCAGUAUAUAAUAUAAUUUUUCUUGUAUUUUUAAUUAAGUAUGACAGUUACACAUAGGGAAUGGUUGCAGUGGAACACAGGUUUACAAUUAGUGGGUUGUUAUACUUUGAGCAUUAUUACAUGUAAAGAAUUGCUUCAUCUGUUUAGUCACAUGACAUUAAAAUGUUUGAGUCUCAGUCAGGUUUUUUUCAUGAAAUUAUUUUGUCAAAUGAUGUACUGGUGGCACUGAGAAGAGAAAGUUUCUACUUAAAGAAUUUAAAGUGUAAUAUAAAAUAUGACCAAGAUUGAAAAGAGAGAGAAGCCAGUGGAAAAAAAUACAUGUUGUACUUCCCAUUUUUCCCUUCUCUCUCUCUCUCUCUCUCUCUCUCUCUCUCUUUCUGUCUUGUGUCUGAUCCCUUCCCGAUGAUGUAUGUUGAUAUGGCACUGAUAUGCCAGUAAAUAACAUGAUAUUAAAAUGCCCAAAAAAAGUACAAAACAAACAUUAUCUUAGGGAAAAAGUAAAUGACUAUUAGCCUCAUAAACAAAACUGAUAACGGCAAGUAAAAUGCAUAAACUAAAUACAUCUGUUAACAAAGUACAUUUCCUGCUGCACUGCAAUAGUGUAUAUCUUGAUCUUAGUUUGUUCCUAAUUUUGUAGGGAGACUUGGCUAAUUUUUUUUAAAACAAAAGACAACUGUGUUCAGUAAGUUACAAAUUUUGCAGGCUCUCUGGUGCUCCUUGGGAAACACAGCUGGCUUUUAAACCAUGCAAGGUGAAAACAGCAAAUCACAUAUUUAAUAUUAUUCAGACUGUCAUCAGAAUGUGACAGAGGUGAAAUAUUUGUGUUGUUUUGCACAGUAUAUGCUGCAAUAAACAUUGGUAAGAAGUUGAAACUGUGUGUCAGACUAGUAUUUGACCUUGAUGCCAUCAGUGCACUCCAAUUGCCCUCUCCAAGCUGGACUGUGAGGCAUCCUCGAACAGUACAGUUGGUAGUUAACUGCCCACAAAAGGCAGAUACUUGGCUUUGAAUCUUGAUAUCUCACAUAGUUUUAACUUGUCAAAAAUACUCCAAAUUCUCUGUGCUACAGACACCAAGGUACAGUGUCUUGUUUUUGUAUUGUGUCUUAUCAUAGUGCUCCAUAACUUCUUCCUUUAUUUCUCCAUAUUGUGAGUAAUGAACUUACACCUACGAAAAUGCUCAUAGAUGUUAUAAUAGUAAUCAGUUGUUGUUCGAUGUAUGGCUGUUUUCUCUGCCAUUCUGGAGCAUCUUUUUUGUCUCUUAGAUCAGUUUGUAGAAUUAAUAUCAGCCAAAAUCUCUUUUGUCACUGAUUUAAAUCUGAGCCUUAAACCAAAUGUAAUUAAGUAGAUACAUCAAGCAUAAAUUGUAUUGUGGAUUUACACGUGUCCAGCAAAUUAUAAAAAGCGGCAGAAGCAGAACUAAGGCUCACCAGUUACAAGUUAACAUGCUUUUGCAUGAUGCAUCAUACUGAGAGAAUUCAAAUUCAAAACACACCUAACAUUUAUUUCUUAAAUUGUUCAUUGUUAUGGUUCAAAAUAUCUGACCAAACUUUCUAGAUACAAUAUCAAUCCAUUAACAUCAGACAAAUGAAAGUACAUAACAACAUUAAUGGACCUUAAGCCAGUAUACCCAGUAUGUUAGAAUAUUUAUUUAUAUAGUCCCAUAUUAAUGGGCUUAUAUUGCAUUAUGAAUUUUUUCCCACCGUUUAUUUGCAUUUAUUCAGCUUUUUAAUUUGUGUUGUGUGCUAAAAUGUUGCAAAAUCAGUAAAGGUUUUCUGUUAUCUUGAUGUAAACAACUGAUUUUGCUAUGUGAGUAUACUGAUGUGCAAUAUGUUAAGUAUUUCAAAAUAAAAUAAAUUUUGUUCUCACGGAUACCGCAUAGCGAAUUCAAUGUUCAGUGAUGAACUCUGUUUAAUGUGAAUAAAAUGCAGUAUUUUUUAAGAAUGUGUUCCAUAUUAUUGUUAGAAUAAGAGUUCUUCACAAUUACGAGCACUUGUUUUGUAUGUGUUGUUAUUGUUGUUGUUGGUACCAUUGUUGUUGUUAUCAUCAUCAUCAUCAUCAUCAUCAUAAUCAUUAUCAUUUUCAUAGCCACCAUUAUCAUUAUUGCUAUUAUUAGUGGCACCAUUUUGUUCACACUGAAAACAGUUUAUUUAUUGGGUACUGAGCUGCUAAUUUUAUCUCACAUGUUCCACAUGAGACUGAAAUUCAAGAUAUUUCUUCCAAAUAUCAUUUUUUUCCAUUGUAAUUAAACAGUGAUUAGAUGUUUGGGUGGUGGGGGGAGGGUGGAGGGGGAACACACAAAAUAAAAUCAUUUUCUCAAAAUGCAAAGAGAUGAAGACUGUUCAUAACUCACUCAAAGUAUUGUGCAGCAUUUGUUGAACCAUGCUACAGCUGUUAAUAGCUUCUGUUCCAUUUGUUUCAAUUUAAUGUUUAGUGUCCGUCUUUUCAACAGUCACGCAGAAAAACAGAAGUUUAAGUUACGAAACUGUUUUAAACUGGGGUUCAUUUUUGAAGGCCAGUUUAAAUCCUUGAAAGAGUUAUUAAUUUAAUGCAUCCAGUCAUAAAUAUACCUGGAAACGACUUGUGUAUUGAGUCCUUUCAUCGGUGUAUUCACAUCUUGUAAAACUGAUUGCAAUUACUUGUACUUAGAGUUUAUAUUUGUUUCAACAGAAUGCACUGAUAAUAUAUCAAGUAAUGACUGGUUGGAGUUGGUUGGAGAGGUAUAGGUGUAUCACCAUAUACACAUACAUUUCUACUCUUAGCUACACAGUACAACAAUGGCUUGUAAAUCACAAUCACGACAUGUAACAAGUUUUUAAAGUGUGUGAAAUGCCAAAACACAGUUUAUUAGCAAAUACCUCUCUUUAUUUUUUAGCAGUGUUUGCAAAUGAUGUAAAGAAUGACCGAUUUUGGAAAUGUAUUUGUAAUGUAUUAUUGUAAGUAUUAGUUAAAUGAGUGUUUCAGUAGGAACUACUUAAUAUUACUUUUGUGAAAGAUUUAAUUGUGAAAUGGUAUUCAUUCUCAUGUUUCAAGUUUGUGAUAGAACACUUGGCCUUUUAAUCUCUGAUACGAGAAAUUUAAAGUGGUACUAUUUUACCGAACUGACUAUGAAAAUAGUACAAAUUGUACAGAAAGUUUUGUUCUUUUCGAAGAUGGGCAUUUGAUAAUACCAUUUUAAUAAACCAUAUUCUUCAA